ACGGCCCGACCGCGGUUCCCGUCACUGGGCUGCGGGCGGCCGGCGGGCCUGGGCUCCGCCCGGCGCUGAGGAAGCGGGGAUCCGACGCUCGUUUUUCGGCUUUGCGCCCAUUUUCGUGUGCUUUAUCUUCCGCUGCGGCCCCCGCGGCGCUUCGGGCUGUGUCACAGGGCGGCUGUCGUUGCUUUGGCGCCGUGUGGCAUCCGGCCUCGGCUGCUUAGAGCCUCCUAUCGCGGGCAGGAUCGUGCCCGCGGCAGCGCGACGCGUGGCACGAGGGGCCCGGCCGGGCACAGCCGCGAGCGGAGGGUUCUAAUCAGCCUUCUUAUGUGAGCUCUGCUGUGUGUCUGGAGUGAACCUUCAAUAAUGAGUGGUGCAGCGUUGGGCCUUGAGAUUGUGUUUGUCUUUUUUCUGGCCUUAUUCCUACUUCAUCGAUAUGGAGACUUCAGGAAACAGCAUAGGCUGGUGAUCAUUGCAACAUUACUGGCUUGGUAUCUCUGCUUUCUAAUUGUAUUUAUAUUGCCUUUGGAUGUCAGUACGACAAUUUAUAAUCGAUGCAAGCUUGCUGUUAACUCCAGCCCUGCAGAAACCAAUGGCUCUUUUGUUACUCUUGCUCCAAGCAAGCAAAAAUGUUUCAAACCAUGGAGUUACAUCCCUAAUGGAAUUAUGCCAAUUUUCUGGCGUGUUGUAUACUGGACAUCACAAUUUUUAACAUGGAUUCUGCUACCUUUCAUGCAAUCGUAUGCUAGGUCAGGAGGGUUCUCCAUUACUGGAAAGAUUAAAACUGCACUGAUUGAGAAUGCAAUAUAUUAUGGCACUUAUCUGCUGAUUUUUGGAGCAUUUUUAAUAUAUGUUGCUGUAAACCCAAAGUUCAAUUUACAAUGGAAUCAACUUCAGACUAUUGGGAUAGCUGCUGCAAACACAUGGGGUCUCUUUCUUCUUGUGUUGCUGUUGGGCUAUGGUCUGGUGGAAAUUCCCCGUUCUCACUGGAAUGGGGCUAAGAGGGGUUAUCUUCUCAUGAAGACCUAUUUCAAAGCUGCCAAACUGAUGACUGAAAAAGCAGAUGCAGAGGAGAAUUUGGAGGAUAUUAUGGAGGAAGUUCGUAAAGUAAGUGAGAGUAUCAAGUAUAAUCACCCUUUGAGAAAAUGUGUUGACACAAUACUGAAAAAGUGUCCUACUGAGUACCAGGAAAGAAUGGGUAGGAACAUGGAUGAUUAUGAGGAUUUUGAUGAAAGACAGAACAGUUAUCCAAGUGAAAAAAGUUUGGUCAAGCUUCACAAGCAGGUGAUUUAUUCAGUACAAAGGCAUCGUCGUACGCAGGUCCAGUGGCAAAUUCUUCUAGAACAAGCCUUUUACCUGGAAGAUGUGGCAAAAAAUGAGACUAGCGCAACUCGACAGUUUGUUCAUACUUUUCAGUCCCAGGAACCAGAGAAUAAAAUUAUUCAGUAUUUCUACACACCAACAAUUGAGUGGUACUGGGAGUGUCUUCUACGACCAUGGUUUUACAGGGUUCUUGCAGUUGUUUUGGCCACAUUCUCUGUAAUUGUUGUGUGGUCGGAAUGCACGUUUUUCAGCACAAGGCCGGUUUUAUCACUAUUUGCAGUAUUCAUACAGCUCGCAGAAAAGACAUACAAUUAUAUAUACAUAGAGAUGGCCUGUUUUCUUACCAUCUUUUUCCUCAGUAUCUGUGUUUACUCCACUGUCUUCAGAAUCCGCGUAUUUAACUAUUACUACUUAGCUUCACAUCAUCAAACAGAUGCAUACAGUCUCCUUUUCAGUGGCAUGUUAUUUUGCCGUCUCACUCCACCAUUAUGCUUGAAUUUUUUGGGCUUGACCCAUAUGGAUGCAACAAUCUCUCACAGAGAUGCUCAGCCAACUGCUUACACAUCAAUAAUGGGAUCAAUGAAAGUGCUGUCCUUCAUUGCAGAUGGAUUCUACAUAUAUUACCCAAUGCUUGUUGUCAUUCUCUGCAUUGCCACGUACUUUAGUUUAGGAACUCGUUGCUUGAAUCUUUUGGGUUUCCAGCAGUUCAUGGGGGACAGUGAAAUGACCUCUGAUUUGAUUGAUGAAGGAAAAGAGUUAAUCCGAAGAGAGAAAAGAAAACGGCAAAGGCAGGAAGAAGGUGAAAACAGAAGAAGGGAAUGGAAAGAACGGUAUGGAAAUAGAGAGGAUUCCACUAGAAACAGGGUUGUCCACACAGAGCAGAAAGAAUCCAGCUUCUCAGAGGCCAAUACUAAUAGACCACUGUCAAAGUACACUCGAACAAAUGGUAGGACUGAAAGAGAUAGAAUAGAACUUCUUCAGGAUGCAGAACCUUUGGAUUUUAAUGCAGACUCAAUUAAUGAUGACCCUCUUGAAUCGGACUCUGGAAGGUACCAGCCUGGUGGAAGAUAUCUGUCAAUGUCUCGAAGCAGAAUAUUUGAGGAUGUCUAAUCUAAAUCUAAAGAAAAAUCAUUGGCAAUCUAUUUCCUAUUCGCUGCUUGGAAAACAUUGUUUUUAUGGUUAUUGCUGAACCAGAAAAGAUCAUUUUUGUUUUAUUAAAAAAAUGAAGAAACAGCUAUAUUUUGGAAAUGUAUCUGUAUGAUAACUCUACCAGUUACAACAAGAAUAUUCUUCUUCUAUUUUAGAUGUUAUUGUGCAUCCAUAUGAGUUUUUAUAAUGACCAAAAGGAGAGAACUAGUAAUUAAAUUACUAGAGAUUAAUUUCAUAAAAAAGGCUCAACUUGAAUUACAAUAUUAAGCUUCAGAAUGAACAUUUUCUGGAAGGUUUUUUUUUUUUGUAUAGAAAAAGAUGCUAUGAGAAAAUCUUGAUGCAUCCAAAGUGCAGUUAUAUUGAUUACAAUAGUGGACACUUACUAAAUUUUCUAUCUAAACAUUUAUGACUAGUCCAAAAUUUACAGAUUUAAAUUAGUCUUCUUUUGGCUUUAGGGUCUUUAGAUCAGACCCUAAAUAAGCAGAAGGACUGAAUGGCAGUCUGUUUUCACAAAUCUUGCUGGCAUUAGUUUUAGAACUAAUGAAAUUUAGAAUAUGUAUUUGUCAAGAAAGGUGAUAUUUUCUUUUCCAGUGUUCAAGGCCAGGCUGGAUGGGACCCUGGGCAAGUGAGUUGCAGCUGUGCCUGGGCAGUGUGUUGGAUUGUCCUUACGGUCCAACCCAAGCAAUUCUAGAUUGUGUGUGUGACUAGAUGAAUAUGGAUGAAGGUUUCACUGUCGUAUGAAUGUAUGUGCAAUAGCAAGGAAAUGUUAUCAAAGGCAUGAUGUUUGCUUAAGAUUUUUACAGUUCUAACUGUUGAAAAAUAUUGGCAGACUAAUGUUUUGGGUUCUUUUUUUUUAAAGCAUAAAAGAAAUCUAAUGUGAAUAAUGAGUUAAAUUUGGAAAAAAAAUUAUUUGCAUAGAUUUCAGACACAGCUUAAAAUUUCUGAGUGUUUCUUUAGAAGAAGGGAAAUACAUAGCACAACUAGAUAAUGAUGAACACUUUUAAUAUUCCACAUGUCCUGUUUGCAUUAUGUAUCAGUUCUUAAGGUGCCUGUAUUUUGCAGUAAAUAGUUGCAAAAAGAUUAAAUGCAUAUUCAUUUAAAUGCCAUUCAAAAAUGCCAAUUAUUAACUAUGUAGAAAUGCUUCUAUUUAAUUUAAUUGGUGUAGAUGCAUUUUAACUGUAGUUUGUCAAAUGAACUUUCAAGUGUAAUCAUAAGGUAAAAGAUGUGAUCAUACUCAUGAUAUCUUGGGAAAUAUGAUUAACUUAAAAUGCUGCUUUAUGGGAAUUUGUCAUAUAUUCUUGCACUUGGGAGUUUUCUUUUUACUUUUUCUUUUUACUUAUUUCUAAAUGAUAAUGAAAAUGGAAAGAGAACAUGCUUCCGUCAUUAAUUUUUUAUCAUGCUUAAAAAGAUAAGCAUCCAUUAAAGCACCUGAGACUGAGAUAGUCUGAAAAGUAAACUUUCAUGAACUACAUGUUCUACUAAUUUUUAGAAGUAGUCUUUUUCUGAAAUAACUGUUAAUGGGGAUCUAACUCUACCUCCUGCAAUUUAGUACAUUGUAUGUUCUAACAGUAGUGGUAUUUAUAAUAUAUUGAUCUUAUAUUAUUAAUUUGAUCUGCCUGUUUUAAAAUACUAUAUUUCUGUUAUGAAGGAGGAAAAAUGCUUGUGUAUAAAUGAUUAUGUAAAUAAAAGGGCAGACAUAAAGUAACCCUCACUUCUGAGGUGAAUACACUGAAUUACAGCCAUGCUCAAAUGUACCCAAGCUCGUGUAAUUUCUAUGUUGCAUGUAAGAGGACACAUUUUAGUUUGAGUAUUUUAUGUCUUAUAAAAGCUUGAUCAGCAUGAUACAGCAUGGCUGUAUCAGGGAAUGAAAGUCAAGAAAAUAGGAUACUUGUUUCUGGAUGCAGACUGUUCUAUAGCAACUUUGUGAUGUUACAUAUUUAAUUUUUAUUAGAUAAUCUUAGAAAUGCUAUUAUUAGUCCAGCCUGAUCUGAAAGAGGUUGUAUAUGUUUUUUGGACAUCCAUCAACAAUUAACAUUUCUAGACUUUAUAUUUCUAUUUUUAUAGCUUGUAUGUCAUUUAAUUGCCCAAAAGUUUAUUUGUAAUUUGUAUUUGUAAAAAUACAUGGAUGAAAUAAGGUGUAAGUUCUUUAUUUAACUCUUGAAAUGUCACUACAAAGGGAUCUAAUUCAGUGCUAAUGGAAAAAUCAUGAAAGGAAUGUUUAUUUUUCAGAGCUCUUGUGAAGUACUCCUAUCUAGCUGCUGUUGACUUCAGAGUAUUGAAUCAGCCUUCUCAGGGCAUGAUUUUUCUGCAUUCAUAGACACAUAGAAUCAUAGAAUUGCUCAGGUUGGAAAAAACCUUAAAAGAUCAUCAAGUCCAACCACAACCUAACCAUACUGCCCUAACUCUAACAACCCACCACUAAAUCAUGUCCCUGAGCACCCCAUCCAAAUGGUUUUUAAACACAUCCAGGGAUGGUGACUCAACCACCUCUCUGGGGAGCCUAUUCCAGUGCUUAACCCUUUCUGUAAAGAAGUUUUUCCUGAUAUCCAACCUAAACCUCCCUUGGUGCAACUUGAGGCCAUUGCCCCUCAUCCUGUCACCAGUGAGAAGAGACCAGCCUUGCUCUCACUGUAAGCACCUUUCAGAUAUUUGAAGAGAGCAAUAAGGUCUCCCCUCAGCCUCCUUUUCCCCAGAUUAAACAGCUCCACUUCCUUCAGUUGCUCAGACACCUGUGGAAUGGUUGCUAACGAAUUUACAAUUGAAACUUGUUGAGGGUUUUAUAUACAAAAGCUAACUAGUUCGUGACAUAAGACAUCUGUGUGUUUUCCUCAGGAUACAGUAAUAUGAGGAUUUUACUGUAAAUUAAUUGCUGUGGGAAUCCAUCUGCUAGUAUUGAAAUUAUGAGGUCAUUUAGAUGGGAAUCUUCUGACCUUUUGUCAUAUGUUGCAGUGGAGUAGUAGAGUAACUAAUGGCUUUUUGAAACCACAGACAUGAGGGCUUUAAAAUAGCUCAACAGCUCUCUCUGGAUAGUGCUUAGAGAUCCCCAGUGUCACAUACCAGCUGGAUACUAAAGGUUUAAAUAAGGAGAUGAUAAGUGAUGUCAUCCGUGUGAUGUUUCAUCCAUGUAUUCAUUACUGACUAACAGUUAUUACUCUUGCUCUAAGUGCAAUUUGUAGCUAAUUCGUGUUUCAAAAAGUAAUUGUAAGUUCCUAUGACUAAAUAUGAAAAGCUUUUAACUAAAGAUGACUGGUUACAAUAAAAGAACAUUACAGAACCAAGCUACGUACCUGCACAACAUUUGCUGUGUACUUGAGCUCACUGCAGACUACUUCAGUUACUGCUUAUAAAAAUAAUGCAGAACUUGCCUGGGGGUUAAGUAAGUGCCUGACUGUGGCAUCUGUACUGAGUUCUUUGCUACUGUAAUUAUACUCUAAAAAUAGCCUAUAUUAAAAGAAAUAUAAGUAAAUAAACUAAAACCAGCUUUGGCAUGUUUAAGCUGUGAUUGUAAUGUAUGUUAAUGUUUUUCUUGCAGCACAUUUGAUGCUCCAGAUUUGAUAAUUUGAAGUAAAACGAGCUUGCAAAGUUUGCUUUAGGAAACAGAAUGUUUAUUAAUUCUGUUGGUAUAUAGUCAUGUUUAUUUGCAACUAAAGAAUGUCAAUUAUAUCUUUAUUUACAAUUCCACUUUUUGAAUUACCAAGCAGCCAAAGUGUACUUCUUAUGCUGUGAGCACCACUUACACAUAGAAAUUGCACCAAGCAACCACCCAAGAUUGUAAACCAGUGAAAAGUAAAUUGUCACAAACUUUACAAAGCGGGAGUGAAAACAGUAACUAUUUUAACACUCUGUCAGUGCUGGAUUUCUUAGACAGUACAGAUAGCAAAAAGCUCUGGUCUAGUCUUACUGUUCCUGCUAGAACUGUAGUUCUGUAUUUUCAGGCAUUUAAGCAUGUACAUGUUCUGCUAACUUACACAUACCAGGAAAUGAGCCCUCUCUGCAUGUUAAGGCACAGCACUUAGUGAUGUAAAGUAAGGAAUUUUUUUAUGAGGGAAUACAAAAAAACCUGAGCUUCUAGUCUGUGUUAGCAAGUGACAAUUUGGGCAUACUAUGGUAUAUUCUAUCAUAUGAGUACGGCAACAAACUUUAAACUACUGUAACUUACACUACUGGAAAAAUCACAGUAUACAAUAUGUCUCUGCUUUGCAAUCAAGCACUUGUAAAAUAAAUCGUCAUUAGCAGUAUUAAAGGGAAUGGUGGAAAGCUGCUAUCUGUUCAAUAUUUAUUCUUACUAUUUUAAAACAAUCGUGAUUUUUAGAUAUGAAAUAUUACCAAUGGUUACUCUGAUUAUCAGUAAUGAUGAUAAUUCUCACUUUACUAAAUUUAUCUCAGAAUAUUGUCAAUGUUUAAUGAAAAAAUACAUUAUUUCUUCCAAAUUUCAUUACUGCUGCUAAUUACUUGCAGUUUGAGGGGAUUUACAGUACCAAAUAGAGAUCAUUUUGUGAAUGGAAACUUUCUGUGAGGCUUCUUAAGGAAAUCUGCCUAUUCAUAACAGAAUCGUUUCCAUAUGUAUAAUUAAAAGAAAUGCCACUCAUUGCGUAUAUUGUCUCCUAGCUUUUAAUUUUUGUUUUAGCAUUCGGAAAAUGAUCGAUUUUUUUACAGAGCAACUUACUGGUGUAUCUUGUAAAUGUUUUGAAAUUUUUACGUUCCUUUUCCCUAAUAAACUCUGCAGGAAUAUGCUGUUUCACAGCAGUUCUUUUGAUAUUAUCUGUGCCUCUAAUUAAGUAGUCUAAUCUGAAGCUGAGACACUCCUACACCAUUUGAUUAUGUUGACAGAAACACAGCAUCCCUUGCAGAAUAGCACCUUGAACUAGAUCCCUUUCUAGUAUAUAGAUUGCUGUCAUUGAUUAUAUUGCAUUACAUUUGGUCUCUUCUGUUUCAGUUGUGUGGUAAUGCCAAUCACGUAUGUUCUUUGUCUCCAUUAAAAUGCACUGGAAUGUAUUCCUCAGCAUGCUUAAUUUUGUGUGCGUGUGUUUUAGAUGUAAUUGAGAGGCAAUAAUAAUAUACAACUUCAAUUAUUUCUUCAGGAUAGUGUUGUUGUAUUUGACAUUCCUGUGAAUUAUAGUAGUUCAAGUGUGAUAUCUUAAUUGUCACUGUAGGAAUUAUUUUCUUUAAGAGAUCACUUUAAAUUUCUAUGGAAGUGUCUGGAAGACAAGGGAAAUCAUUUUCAAAUAUGGCUGUAGUAACAGAAGAUGUUUAUUCUCCAGUGUAUAUCAAGAAUAGGCUGUAGGAGUGCUGCUCAUGGAUAGACUAGCUUCUCUUGCCUUAUGAUACAAGUACGUGUGCAUAAAACAUUGUUUUAAAAUUCACUGAGUUAUAAAUUUUCCUGUGUAGUAUUUAAAUUAUUGAUGUACUGGAUAUAUUUUUGAAAUGUAUGUUAAAAUAUCUAGUCAAUGACUUAAGUUGGCAUGAAAUAAAUCAUUUCUGCAAUACA